UGAAUAAGAAACUGCGCUCAUGAGAGGCAGCCAUGUGGGAAGCAAACAAAGAGCUGAUAUUGAUUUGAGAGCUCCUUUUCCCUCUCUUUAAAGAGCAGCAGCAACUUAGGAAGAAAGAAUAGAGAAAAACAAAGAGAAACAAAGAAAGAAAGGAAAAGAAAGAAGAGAAGAGAAUGGUAUCUAGGGAGCAGAAAAGAGCGGCAGCACUGCAUGAGAAGUUGCAACUUCUUCGUUCAAUCACUAAAUCUCAUGCUAUUAGUGAAACCUCAAUCAUAGUAGAUGCGUCAAAGUAUAUUCAAGAACUGAAACACAAAGUGGAAAGGCUGAAUCAUGACAUUACUACUACUACUACUACUCAAAGUUCCACCAACAAUACUUCUUCAUGGCCUCAAGUUGAAGUGGAAACCCUAGAAAAAGGUUUCUUGGUAAAUGUAUAUUCAGAAAGAAGUUGCCCUGGCUUGCUUGUUUCUAUAUUAGAAGUUGUUGAGGAGCUUGGCCUUAACGUGCUCGAAGCUAGGGUUUCAUGCACCGACACCUUUCGUUUAGAAGCUUUUAGUGGAGAGGUGAUUUUCAUGUCUUCAUAAAUUAAAAAUGUCCAUAUAUUAUAAAAAGAACUAUGUAACUAAUCCAUUUCUCUCUAUUUUUUGAUGGUUU